ACAUGGGUAAGCCGCAUGUAUCCAUGAUCCAUCAAAGGCUUCAAAAGAAAAGAAGUAAAAAGGAUGAAGAUCGAAGACUACAAAAGUCCAUCAAAUAGUCUUCUAUUCAACCAAAGUUGAAAGUGACAUUAAUCACGCAUCUUUCAAUCAGGAUUGUCCCGUUCGCCACCAGCUUAGUCCCCAACUAAACGACGACAUGUCCUGAACGUCCUCUGUUAUUUCUGCUUCCCUGACACUCUGUCCCGUGCCACUUCUGCAACUGCUCAGUUCACCCAUACUCUCGCAGUUGGAUUAUUGCAUGCACCCUGUGACUCUACCACGGCUCUCUCGCUCACUUUUCCCAUUACCUCAACUUCACCAAAAGAAAGAAACAAAACAAAAAAAAAAAGGCCUUUGCUCCCUCCUCUCAACUUAAAGCCACUCAUCCAAAAGACUAAACUUAGCCUGAAACGAGCAUGAAAACUAAUCAACACCACCCAAAACUAAAAACGCACCCACGUUCACUCUUCUCAUGCGGCUUUUUCCGAAACUGCACACAAUCCACCCUCAGCCCCACCACUCCUCACUCUCCUUCCCUGCCGCUUUCUUCCUCCGAACCACCACCUUCCUCUCCACCUCCUUCAUCAGCGCUGCUUUACCCUUCUCCUCCUCCUCCUCCUCCUCCGCCUCCCCCUCCACCACCAAAGAACUCAUUGCACCAACGCCCAGAAUCAUCCUCUUCCUCCUCUUCUUCCUCCGCUUCCCAUAGCUUCACUCAAUGGAAAUUCCCCAUCCCCACUUCCCCUCUCCACCAAAACCAGCCUCAAUCUACUCCUCUUUUUCAACCACUGCCGCCGCUCUCUCCGCCAGUUUCCUCUGCCAAUCUUCAAGAACUCUUCCACAUCGCCGAGCUUCAGCUCAGUACGGGUUCGCAGUCCGAACAACUGGCUGCCCUCCAGCUUUUAGAACGCUCUCUCGUACCCAACCCUCCGUCCGAUCCGAUUUGCCCGCCUGAAUUGAUGCGUGGGAUCGUUUCCCAUUUAAAAAACAAAGCAGGGGUAAAACCAGCUACUAAAAUUCUACUAGCAUUAUGUUUAGCGGAAGGCAACCGCCACAUAGCUGUGGAGGCGGGAGCUGUGGGUGCAGUGGUGGAGGUGGCCGCGGAGCUGGAAGGAGCAGCAGCGGAGAGAGCGUUGGCGGCGCUCGAGCUCAUGUGCACGGUUCCCGAAGGAGCAGCAGAAGUGAGGACCCACGCGCUUGCAGUGCCCGUUAUGGUGUCUGUUAUGGGGCGGUUGGCGGGAAGAGGGAGGGAAUAUGCAAUAAGUGUGAUUUCCGUGAUCUAUGGAGGUGGAUGCGGUGCAGGUGGCGAUGGUGGUGAGGAAGAACAUGAGGAGGAUAUGGCGCCGGCUCCACCGGAGGAGGUUGCGCGGGCGGUGGCGUUAGCGUUGCAAGGGGAGUGUACAGCUAGGGGGCGGAGGAAAGGGGCCCAGCUUUUGAAGACGCUUCAGGAGUACGGACGGCUGGAUUUAACCCAAGAUGGGAAUGAUGGUUUCUGAUUUGUCCAUCAUUUGGGGUGGUUUCAAUCACGUGAUUUUACCAUUCUACGUUUGAUUUCACCACUCUGGUUAAGCAAGCUACCAAAAUCCCACGUUUAUAGAUGAUGUAAUUAAUUUAGGGUCCCGUUUUAUGAUUAAAUGUUUAAAUAUCUUAUGAUAUAUUUGCGUGGUAGAAAUUUGCAUUCAAAUGAACUUUAAAACGUAAAAAGCUAGCUUAGCUGGUUCAAUUUAGAUUUUUAUUGUUAUUUUCUUGUUUCUUUAUCUAGUUAUGCUCUCAAUUUCCUUUCCUCCAUGAGGUAAGAUGUUAGAACAAAGUAAUCUUAGAAUAAUGAGUCUAGCUCUAAUCCCAUGAUCUGGCAAUUUGUGGGUUGGAUGUUAAAUUUCUUUGUUAUGUUUUCCUUUUUGG